AAAAGGGGGGGGGGGGGAGAAAUGUAAUACACUGAAUGGUGAGAAGCUUUUUAGAGUGGCAACUCUUUGCCCUUGGAGUGUUGAUCUAGGCUUAUUAUUCAGGCAACUUGUUAGGAUCCUAUUCACAUAUGCUUGUUAACGCUUCAAAAGGUUAUGUUUCAACAUUACAAAAAAAAUUAGUAGGUCCUAUGUGGAUUGAAAAAAAGGCGGGACUUUUCAAAUGUUUUGGUAACCUCCCACGAAACUAUUGUUAUAACGAUUAGGCCUACACGAAGGUGAACACCCAUUUCUAAAACAAAAAUGAGUUUUUCAGCUGAAUAACGUUUGGAUCAAUAAAUGUAGACUAGUGUGUAUGCUUGCUUUUCUAAUGGCGUCAUGGAACACAGCUGGGAUCUCCCAUCACCCGGAACGUACUACAGUGGGUCAUACAACCAGUUUAGUAACUGAUUGCUUCAACAUUGCUUAUCAUUCUCCUCUUUUUCGCAAGAAAUAAGUGAUGAUACAACAAAUUUUCGUAUAAACAUACAAAGAACGGCAAGUCGCGGAGGCGCUCGUUAUGUGAAUGAUGACAAUCGAGAGGCUCACAAUUGUCCAGUGUUAACAAGCCGAGGAUGAUAGAGAGUCUACAUCCUUAGCUUAAAUGGCGAUAUGACGUCAUUCAGGUAAAGAGAGCUAGCGCAUACAGUGCGACUGACGAAAGAAGACGGCAAAGAAGAAGGCGGGGUCCCCGCCGAUGCGUUCCGGCCACCAAACUCCGUCAGGAGCCCCCGCCAACGGCUGCCGCUAUAUCAAGAGAGAGGUGCGCUACUGUUGCGUUUAGUCAGAGAUCAUCUUCAGUUCCAAAAUAAGCGACCAGAACCAGUGCUGUGGGUUGGGCUAUUAUCCAAAUUGAAAUCAACUCAACCAUUUUCCAAAUAAAAAAGGAGCGAAGUUCAAAUUUAUUGGCGAGGAAAAACAGGAAAAGCUUCAUUCAUUUCAACUGGCUAAACAAAAUUCCAGUCCGUCGAUUCUGCCAUGGCUAGAGGAUCAGAGGCAAAAUGGUGGUUCGCGAUGGGGGUCCUGAUGGCGGUGCUCGCCUACUGUCAACCUGCUUCCGCGGCAGCGACUGCCGUUACGGAUGACGACGAACUGAUGGCUCGUCAAACUCGAGGGCUCGUCCUCCGCUCUUGGAGAAAUGCACAGCAGCAAACGGAUCACUCGGCCGAUAAGACUCCGUCUGCCAAAGUUGCCGAACCGAUUCUGCCGUCGCAAAAAGAAGCCAUGGUCUUCAAUGGUCUUCCAAUCUCUAUGAGACUAGUUCUUCUCCAGCACUUGGCCGGCUACGACAAACGAACGCCCAACAGUCGAGCUUUCCUGGGAAUGAGAGGCAAGAAAAGUUCACCGCCGGGUGCUGACGCCCUGAUGAUGGAAGACAAUCAACUUGACGACGCAUCUGGAUGGCCACAAGGCGACAUCCUCCCCGACACGUACUACUUCGGCCCGGCACCCCAGAAGAAAAAGAUGCACGGCGAGAAAUUUCUCGGCAUGAGAGGCAAGAAAAUGAUGAAUGGAUUAGCCUACGGAACGGCUUUCAUCCCCAACUGGCGCGAGCGGUACAUCUACCAGGAGCCAUUCGAAAAGAAGAGAGCGCCGUCGUCAAACUCGUUUAUGGGCAUGAGGGGAAAGCGAUCUGAGUCGACAACACCGACACCGAACGACUAUCAAUUCUUCAACGACGACAUUAUCGUUGAUGAGGAGCUGCCGGAUGUCGAUUCAAAAGUCUCCCCUCGCCGUUCUCAAGAAAUUAGGACUCCAAAUUGAAAACGCAAAAAUUUAAAAAACAAUUAUGACUGGGUGGAAUGAUGAGGAGAACUUGAAGAAAAUGAAAUUCGAUGGUGGUGGCCAAGAUGAGCCACGCUUCUUAAUCAAUGUUCAAUUCCCCAUGUAUAACGUUUGACGUAAACAUGCCUAAAUAAUUACAUUUUUCUUCCACCCCUCAGUCCUCACCCCACAUCAACCAAUCAAAUAACUUCCCUACUCCCAUUCCCUGACAUGAAAAAAAAUUAUCUUAAGAAAUUUACAAAGAAAUGAUUAAUAAAAACAUAAAUGAGUGUAGCUCUAUAUUAGCGGAAAAAAAACAUCAACAGAAAAAUAUAACCCGGUCAAUCUGUUCUGCGAA